AGACAGCAAAAAAAAAUGUCUUUUCUUUUCUUUUCUUUUCUAACUAAUCAUAAAUGUUGACAAAUCGUAAAUUGUGUCAACUUCUCUGAUUUUUUUUUCUUCUCAACAAAAAUUUCUUUUCCUGCUCCUGUGUAUGUAUAGAAAACAUUCGAUAAGAGUGUGAAAUUAUUAGUGUGUUUGUGUAAUGGAAUUUUCACAUCAUCAUCAUCAUCGUUGUCGUUUUUGUUUUUGAUAACUUUUCACAAUCACAUCUCUCAUUCUAAAACAAAAAAGAAAGAAAAUUUUGUUGAGAAAUAAAUUAAUUUAGUUCGUGUGUGUGUGUGUUUAAGCUUUUUGCACAAUAACUAAUAACAAUAAUCAAACAGUUGACAAAUUUCAUUCGUUUAGUCAACAUCGUUUUAGUUUGUUUGUUUGUUUGUUUGUUUUUGGCCCAUCCAUCCAUCUAUUCAAUCUAUCCAUAAAUCGUGAUUGAGAAACAAAAAGCAAACAUGAAAAAAUUCAUCAAAAUAUUCACCACCAUUGGAAUAUUGUUGGCCAUCAUUAUUGGUUCAAUAAGAUCAUAUCCAACUGGUGCACCAAAAUGUUCGGCAACAGCACCAAAACAUGAAGAUCAUAAAGCACAAACAACACCAUCACCAUAUCAGAUAACGGCAUCAAAAACGGGUAAAUCCACUGCAUCGGUAACAAUUUCUGGUGGUGAUUUUAAAGGUUUUAUGUUGUAUGCGGCUAAACCCGGUUCAAAUGAUAUGAUCGGUACGUUUACUAAGACUGAUAAAUCCAAAGAAAUUACCUGUGGAUCUGCUUCGGCCAUUACACAUAAAAAUGAUAAAGCUAAAAGUUCAAUUACAUUGACCUGGAAUGCACCGGAUAAAUUUACGGGUGAUGUUGAAUUCAGGGCCAGUGUUGUCAAAGAAUUUAAAGAAUUUUGGUCUGGUCUGAAAUCACCAAAAGUCACCUUUAAAUAAUAAUGAAAAAAAAGGGAUAAAUUGUGAUUCGAGCUCAUUAUUAUCAUCAUCAUCAUUAUCAUCGUCG